AUGGCAGCAGUCCUGGAUGCGCCAGAAGCACCCAUCAUCACUACGAGAGUGCCGCCGGCUUCGCGGCUACCUUCUUCGCUGCGCUUCGUCUUACUGUGCCUAAUGAGCUUCAGCUUGAGCAUGCUAUUCAACAGCAUGAUUGCCGACUUUGCUGGGUAUGAGUUGGCUGCUGUGAGUCGGGAGGUCAGAGAGGAAGGCCAGAUAUACGUGACUCUCGGCUGGAAAUUUGCCACGCUGUCAGCGGCAUGGUAUGCUGGAUACGACUGGCAAGAUAUAGCGGCUUUGGCCAUCCUUUGCAACCUCCCGUAUUACUACCUCCUGACAACCUUCUACAACAUCUCCGUCUUUUCGUCGAGCAUCGCACUUUUGAUCGACAUCAGCGCCAUCGCAAUCCCGUUCUCUCUGCUUCGACCACUCAUCCACGCCCACGACCCAGAAGGCCACUCACCCAACCAGCAAGUCGCCAAAGACCGCUAUCUGAACACUCUGGUCGCAAUCCUCGGUGCCACGGUCUAUGCAUUGGUCAUCUACGGCAGUCUCUACACCUGGCUACCCGUCUACCUCGUCCAGAACUUUGACGGCAUUGUGAGCUUGGAGCGCGCACACGACGCCAACGUGCUUAUGCUACUUCUGUACUUCCUGCCUAUCGGCUGGUCGACAUCUCGAUUCCUCUUCAUGGCCGCGAUCGGCUCACGCGGAAACCCAGGCCUCACCGAUCCAGAUAUUUACCCGGAGAAAGUUGACUUUGACCCAGAGACUGCGACGUUCACGGAUACGCUGGCGUUCAAUCUCGGCUUCGGCACGAAUGGCUUCUCGAAGAGAGCAGAGGUAUUGGGGAAGCGCACGAUGGUGCUUGUGGCAGCUAGCGUGAUCAAUACGUUUGUCAGGACGGUGCUUACGAUUGCUGGAUCAGAGCCAGUGGGCUCGCUCGGUUGGGCGAGCGUCUGGGGUGUAGCGGCGGUUUUGACAGGUCUUGCGUUUGCAUGGACUGGUAAUGAGUAG